UUAGGAGAGGAAAACAUGGAAGUCUUUACAAGGUUAUGCUAGAUAAUGGUGUUUUGUUGGCUGUUAAGAGGAUCAAGGAUUGGGGAAUUUCAAAGCAUGAUUUUGAGAGAAGGAUGAACUUGAUAGCUCAAGUGAAGCAUCCACUUGUAAUGCCACCUGUUGCUUAUUAUUGCUCUCAGCAAGAGAAGCUACUUGCUUAUGAAUAUUUGACAAAUGGUAGCCUCUUCACGUUGCUCUAUGGAUCUCAAAGUGGACAUUGUCUUGAUUGGAGGAGCAGACUAGAUGUUGCAGUAAAGAUAGCCGAUGCUUUGGCCUAUAUGCAUGAGGAGCUUGGUGAGAGUGGAAUAGCACAUGGUAACUUAAAAUCAAGCAACAUUCUAUUUGACAAGAAUAUGGAUCCACAAAUAAGCGAGUAUGGCCUAAUGGUGGCUGAAAAUCAAGGUGUCAUUUCUCAUAUGAAAGGCCUCAAAAACAGAAGCAUGUCUGCAGCCAUCUUCAGAGCUGAUAUAUAUGCUUUUGGUGUCAUACUUCUCGAACUCCUGACAGGGAAAGUAGUUAAAAAUGAUGGAUUCGAUUUGGUUAAAUGGGUGAAUUCAGUGAUCUCAGAAGAAUGGACUGCAGAAGUUUUUGACAGGUCCUUAAUCUCACAAGGUGCUUCUGAAGAGAGGAUGGUGAACUUGUUGCAGGUGGCAUUAAAAUGCAUAAAUCCUUCUCCAAAUGAUAGGCUAAGUAUGAGUCAAGUGGCACUGAUCACAAAUGCAUUAAGAGACGAAGACGAAAAAUCUGUAUCUUUUGACUCAUGAUCGAGAGUAUAGCCAUCAUACCAUACCAUACCAUACCAUAUCAGAUACUAUUAAUAAAACACAGUUCGAUUAUCCAAGUUGCACCACGUUUCAACCUCUCCAUCCACCACAUGUCAAUUUCAUGGCAAACUUUGCGUCCAUUAUAUACUUGGAUUGAGCACAGAUUCUCUAAACUAAUAGAUCUUAUAUGUCAGAUCAUUGGGGUAAAAAGACUCAAACUUCUUUCAGGAAGUAUUGGUUAAUUUGAACUAACUCUAAUUCUUGUUAGUUUCAAGCAGAUUACGGUCAAGAAUAAAGUGGUAAAAAAUUAGAUGAUUGGCUGUAAUUUCAAUUAGCAAGAGUGUCUCUUAUACUGGUAGCAUUAUAUUUUCCAAAGCUUAUAAUUUAUCACUGUCUGCAUCCCUGCAAUGGCAUUUGUGCUUUUUACAUGAGUACAUGCCUCACAUAGUGAGACAAACUUGCUUUCAGCUAAACAAUUGAAUAACUGAAACAGUCUUUGAACUUAGGUAAGUACCACCCAUUAUACAAAUUUUCUUUCAACGAUACAGGACAAGAAGGACUAUUUCAUAUUGGACAGAUAGUCUAUGAAGAUAAAGUCUCAUUUUGUUUACUCAUACUGAAACAGCAAGGAUAAUUUCUCACUGAACUACCAAACUAUUUCAUAUUGGGUAUGACAAUGAACUACCAAACGAUUUUACACAAUUCUCACUGAUCUGAUAAUUUCUUUUACCAAAAGACAAAUUAUUAGUUUGUACUUUGCUCUUUUAAAAGUUGUGUUUAUUAUUA